AUGCAUGAUCUGUCUGCGACCUCUCAGUGGAGAUACGUGAGUUCGGACAUCAAUCCAGCAGACAUUGCUUCUCGAGGUACGUGCAACUUGGCGCUGGUACGUAGAUGGUUGGACGGUCCGGAAUUUUUAGUUCAACCUGAAGGAGAAUGGUUUGUACAGCCUCCCGUAGGACAACCUGAAGACUUGGAAUUCAAGAGGACAACAGCCCAAGUUUAUGUAUUAAAUCAAUGUGAUGGUUUAGACGAACUACUUAUGCGUUUUUCAAGUUGGACAAGGCUACAAAGGGCUGUGGUCUGGCUCCUGCGUUUCAAGCAGUACGUCAGAGUCACCACUGGCAAGGCACCUAAGGAGACGCUGAUGUUGGGUCCUAUCCGAGUAUCGGAAAUGCGCCAAGCUAGCAUUAACUUGAUAAAGCUUAUACAAAGGAAACACUUUUCAGCAGAAUUGGAUAUUCUGCAGUCUACACCAGCAGAUUGCCAGAAAAGAAAGUCUGUGAGAAAUAUUGGCCUGAGAAAGUUAUGUCCGGUUUUGAUUGAAGGAGUAAUGUGCGUUGGUGGUCGCCUGAACUACUCAAAUUUUUGUGAAUCGUUAAAACACCCGUCAAUCCUUCCAUACAAUCAUCCCGUGACGGAAUUAAUCAUACACUACUUUCAUGAAUUGGAAGGCCAUUGUGGGACAGCCCAAGUUCUAGGUGCAAUCCGUCAAAAGUUCUGGAUUCUAAAAGGAACCGCUUCUGUCAAACGUGUCAUCGGUAGAUGUUUACUUUACAGACGUAAAUUUCGACAACUUCAGGGGCAGAUGAUGUCCCCGCUUCCCUUAAAUAGAGCAGAAGUCCGGUUGGUAUACAUUAAAGUGCGUUGGGGUGGACUAUUUUGGUCCGUUGAUGGUCAAACGAGGACGAUCUUCGGAGAAACGCUAUGGUUGUGUGUUUAGCUGCUUACAGACGAGAGCCGUUCAUCUUGAGUUGGCCACCAGCCUGACCACGAAUUCUUUUGUUCAGUGUCUGAUGAGAUUCGUGAGUAGACGCGGACGUCCCACUGACAUCUACAGUGACAACGGAACCAAUUUUGUUGGAGCGGUAGCAGAACUCCGAAAGGACUUACACAAUUGGGACCAAAAGAGAGUGUCGGACCAACUGCUAACUCUAGAGAUACAGUGGCAUUUUAACCCACCCACUGCCAGCCAUCGGGGAGGCAUCUGGGAACGAAUGAUCAGGUCUCUACGACGGAUUCUUCUUGCUCUCUGUAAGGAGCAGUCCCUAACUGACGAACAGCUCAGCACCCUCUUCGUGCAGGCUGAACGUAUAUUGAAUAAUAGACCGCUUGUCUCGCUAACAUCAGACAGCAACGACUUGGAACCGCUUACCCCGAAUAGCUUAUUGUUGAUGAGGAACUGUCCAGUGCUGCCUAGCGGUGACGAAUUGGUGGCACGGUACCACGCUGGAUGGAAACAAGUGCACUACCUCGCUGGCGUGUUCUGGAGACGAUGGGUAAAAGAAUAUCUUCCAAGUCUGCAGAAAAGAACAAAAUGGACAAGAGAAGCCGCGGAACUGAAACCAGGUGAUGUUGUUUUAGUUUCUGGGUAGCGCACAGCUCGUGAGAAUUGGCCUUUGAGAGUAAUAGAUAGGUGCGAAAGGAGUCGCGACGGCCUCGUUAGGACGGUAUAUAUUAGAACGGCGGGCGGUCUCUUAAAAAGGGACGUUAGAAAGAUUUGUCUACUUGAGGGUCAGAGCAGCCGUAUACCUCCAAACACGUAGAACAUUUACAAGAGCCGGACGUGGAGAAUUGGCGGGCGGUGUUGUUUCCAGCCGGUCAACGCUUGGAAUUGUCCACGCCCUCCUCUCAAGUGCUUCCAUAUUUGGCCCCUGUUGACAUUCCCCUUCCCCUUUUGUAACCUUUUUUGAGCGCGAUCGGCGUUCUUUUAAUUAACUAAUUUUGUAUUCUGACCUUGAGCUGGGAAUUUGAUCUGCUCGAACAUUAACAAAGGAAUUCUUUGUCCAGGGUAUCCAUUGUUGAGGUUUGUACGUUUUUUCAUUAUUACUUUAUUCUAUCAAUAGUACCGUAUAAACACCGAAAGCUUUUUUGGCUUAUACGCGUCACUUUGCCAGCAAAGAAUUCCACAGACAGUAUAUUGGACACAGAAUUAUUUGGAGGUAUUAUUGGAGCUAAUGGGUUUAUAGAAACGGUAUGCUGUAAAGGCUUAGUAAAUUUAAAAUGAGGCUGUGCACCACUGAACGGAGUUGUGCUGCCUUUCUUUUGGGUCAGAAUCGGAUUCCGCUUUCGGAUGUUACCGUCCUGACGUCAUGCCAGAGGUGACUUAAAUGGAGAACUCGGAGCCUGUUGGUUUCCCACCGUUUCAUUCUUAUAGCGGCCUACCCUCACCCACUAGCCCCUAAUUUCCUUCUGGCCUUCCUCCUCCUCCCCGUCCUCCACUAUUUAACUACCAACAAGUCUAUCCAUGUUCUAACUCCCCUACCAUUCCAAUGUUUGAAAACUUUAUCCCCACGUCCUUUAGGUUUCAUACUUAGCUUUCUCUUGCUGAAUCCCCGUAUGUCAAUAACUCUAAAUUAACUGGUACUUAUUCUCCAAGUGUCAUUAAUUCACAGCUUACAUAUCCGCCUCCAAAUUUUUUUAAAUACCGUCGAAAAUAACGACGUCCUAGUCCACAAUCUAUCCUCCAAAGAGCUGACUCCUGAACAACUAAAAGUGCUGAGUCACGAGGCCUGCUUCAAUACCACAGACGCCGAUCCGGUCAACCUCGUGGCAACAGUGGAAUCGAUUCUCAAACAAACCGAGGAAUCCGACGAAACAAAACACCUCGUUCGGCAACAGGUAACCGCCUUUGUGAUGGCCCACAAACCACGCGCAAAUAUCACCAUAACGGAACAGGAUGCCCUCAAGAAACUGAGGGCCGACACGAGCAUUGUGGUACUGCCAGCAGACAAAGGGCGUUCUACAGUUGUCUUGGACAAGACCGACUACAUUCAGAAGGCUAACAACCUGCUGGAUGAUCGACAGGCCUACCUCCGAUGUGAGGAUGAGCCGAUGAGGAAGCUGCUGACGCAGUUGGACAAAACGCUCGCUGAAAUGCAAACGAACAAAGUAAUAAGCAAGUCAGUACGACUGGCCGUUAAACCAACAGAUGCAGCCGCACCAAGGUUCUACGGACUACCCAAAGUGCACAAGGUCGAUGUCCCCCUCCGACCAAUCGUGUCACUUCGCGGCGCGCCAACAUUCAAUCUGGCUAAAUGGCUGUUCCGACACCUGAGGCCUCUCACCUCAGGCGCAAGCACAACGGUCUGUUCAGCUACUCAGUUUCUGAAACGGCUCAGAGGGACGCGACUCACUGCAGACGAGGUCAUGGUGUCAUUUGACGUCACCUCUCUCUUCACUUCAAUCCCGCAGGACCUGGCCAUCGAAACGAUCAGCGAGUUACUCGAGAGGCAGUAUGACGAGACGGACAAGUCAGUGAAGCGCAGACAUCUAGUCCAACUAUUAAAAUUCUGCCUGAAGACGUACUUCACCUUCGAGGGGACCAUGUACGAACAAAUUAAGGGGACGCCGAUGGGAUCGCCUCUCUCCGGCUUCAUCGCUGAGGCAGUUCUGCAAAAACUAGAGAGCGUGGUUUUCACCACUCACAGGCCAAAGUUUUGGACUCGGUACGUCGAUGACACCUUCGUCAUCAUCAAGCGAGAAAUGAUCGAGGAAUUUCACAUCGUCCUGAAUUCCGUCUUUCCUGACAUCCAAUUCACGAUGGAGGCGGAAAACAACAACCAGCUGCCGUUUCUGGAAGUUCUUGUCCAUCGAAAGCCCAACGGGCACAUAAAAACGACGGUGUACAGGAAGGCUACCAACACACGCCAAAUCCUAAACUAUCACAGUAAACACCCGUUAUGUCACAAACGCAGUUGUGUGCGAACUCUCUACAGUAGAGCAGAAACACACUGCAGCGAACCGGAUGACAGAAGGACAGAACUCCGCUAUCUUCAGCGCCUUUUGAUGGCCAACGGAUAUCCCCGUAAUUUCAUCGAGCGCAGCAGGCAGUCUAAACCAGGCCAAAAUCGGGUGACAGAACAGCCAAGAGUCUGGCGUGCACUGCCAUACAUCGACGGCGUCUCUGAGGCAGUUUCCCGCCUCCUAAGGCCAUUGGGGAUCGGGAUCGCUCAUCGACCAGACUCAACCAUUCGGCAUUUGGUUAUGAGACCGAAGGCCCCCCUGCCACGAGGUGAGACGACAAACGUCAUCUACCGGGUCCAGUGUAACUCUUGCCAAACAAAGUACGUCGGAGAGACAGGCAAACGGUUACAAACUCGCGUUAACGAACACAUGCGGGCAGUGAGGAGAAUGGACCCAUUGUCUCUGGUGGCGGAACACUGCGCGGACUCUGGACACACUUUUGCCUUCCAGAACGCCAAAAUUCUGGGUCGAGGCAACGACCGCGUAGCCAGGGAAACGAUCGAGGCCUGGCACACGGAAACAACCUCAAUAAACCGCUGCGUCGCCCUCCCGACAGCAUACCAAGCCCUCCGGACGCAGCUCAACGAACUAAAGGGCAAGCGCGAGGUCAGGCCGGACGUGGAUCUAAACACGGGAGAGCCUACGACGGACCUACACGUAGCCACACCGCAAAUCGGGCCCGACGAAGGCGCAGUCAUCAAUACUGUUGCCUCAACUACUACUCCGGCAGACAGGGAGAAACGCGGUCAGAGGGAUGCAAUCAAGACUAGCAACCCAGUACGACAAUUAAGGUCAACGCGAAUGCGGGCGAUGGCCACCAACGUUCAAAUGCCGCCCCCCGACGAGAGACAGGCAGAUUGA